AUGCCAAGUUUCAUCAAGAGAUUAUCGUUACGAAAUUCAUUUCAACAACGUCAAUCCAUUCACCAAGAUCGUAGAAGAACGAUCCGAGCCAUUCCCUUCUUUCAAGAUUUUAAAAUUGCCAUCAUUGGAGAUGAAUGUGUUGGAAAAUCGAAUAUUGCAAUGAGAUGUGCUGGAAAGGAGACGUUUGUGCCAGAACAUGAACCAACGAUUGAAGAUGAGUAUAAUUGUAAGGUACAGUUUAUGUUUAGGUUGCCAGCACCUUUGGUGGAAGAAAUAGUUUCGAAUGGUGGUGAAGGAGAUUCGAAUGAAUUAAUGAGAAGUAAUCCCAAAGGUGAUAUUUAUGGAUAUAAACAAUUGGCACAUGAUUUGGAAUUAAUACCAAUGGAAUUGAGAAAUUAUAUGAAAUUGGAUAAUACUUUGCUAUCAAUUAUUCAACAAAAAAGAGAAAAGGAAGAGGAAAUGAAAAAAGCACUUGAGGAGAAACAAAAGAAAAUGUUUAGUUUAUUCAAGAAGAAAUCAACAACGAGUGAUUCUCCACAAAAAUCUUCUCAUGAGCAUGCUGGAAAUAAUCAAUCAGGAGAGGAUGGAGAUUUUGGAAGAGUAAUCACUGAGGAAGAGGACAUUGAUGAUUAUGUGGAUGAAUUACUUUCGGAUGUGGUUUAUAAUUUCGAGCAGGACAUUAUUUGUAGAGUGACCAUUGUGGAUACGAGUGGGAGAUCGGAAGUGAGAAAGGAAGCAACUGAUUUGUCUUCAGUGGAUGGAUACAUGUUGGUUUUUGAUAUGAAUAAUAAGGCAUCAUUUGCCAAGAUUCAGAAUUAUAUUGAUGAGUGUAAAUUUGCCUACUAUGAAAAUCCUGCAAGGAAACAUUCGGAUGCAGCUGCUUCACACAGUUCGAGUAGUGCUCGAUUGUCCUCUGCAAGUAAUAAUAGUUCAGCAACAAUGAAUUCAACCUCCUCAGCAAGUGCUGCCUCUUCCAAUGUAAAUAGUUCUAAACCAUCGACAAUUGAUAAUCCUCCAAUGGUCCUUAUAAUGAGUAAAUGCGAUCAGAAACCAUCAGCCCUCAAGACCAUUAAUGCAGAGUAUGGCUAUGCUCUUGGAGAUACUCAUCAUUUUCCAUUCUUUGUCACUAGUGCAUGUGAAAAUUUGAAUAUCCAAGAAGCAUUAGAAGGUCUCCUGAGUGAAAUUAUCAAGAAGAACAUUGAGGAAGGAGUUUACGAAACUCAAAACAAAUCAAUGCCAACACCACUACCAUCUGCUGAUGAAACUUUAAGCAAGACCAAUAGUAGAAACUUUAAAUUUGAGAAUCAAAAUAUCAGUAUCAGUAGCAAUGCCAGUGAUUACACUCCUGAAUUGUUAACGUUCAGUGUUGGAAAUGGAGUUGUUCCACAGAGUCCUCCUGAGAAGAAGAUUGUUCGUCAGAGUGUCUCUGCAACUCUGAGAAAGUAUGUCGUUCAACAAUUUAAAAAGAAAUAA